AUGGGGCCCUAACAGCAACCAUUGAGGGCGAGUCAAUAAAAAGCAAGAUAAAGAAAACUGUCUCAACGUCUUGAUCACCGAGAAGCCUUUACGGUGUCUUAUAUAUGCCGGUAUAUAUUUUUUAAGUUUAAUUUUUGACUGUCGAAAAUUCGACUCCGAGAAAUCAUCAUUUCGACCAGUACAGCCAGACCAGAUGGUACCGAUGUUCCUCCAGUAUCAACGGCAGCUGCUUCAACGUAGAGGCUCGGCCUGGGACUCUAAAGGAUCUAAGCCAGGAAAGAUCCACAUGGACCAAGGAGCAGCAUACACAUCCAUAGUCAUGGUCACGUUGGUGAUGAUGUGGGCAUGCGCACUGGCCAUCAACCCCGUCACCACAACGAAUUGUUACGUGCACACCGCUAUGAAGCAUCUAGUGGAAAAGCCUGGUUGCCGGCCGCACGAACUGGUGGUGUUUGGAUGUUGGGGACGAUGUGAUACCAACGAGGUUCCUUCGUUAGAUCCCCCAUUCGUAGAGGCCUACCAUCCAGUGUGUACUCUCACCAACUACGAGGAUGUAAAAGUCAAGUUACCAGACUGCGACCCCGAGGUUGACCCGACCUACACGUACCAAAGCGCCUUAUCCUGCGGCUGCGCCAACAUUGACGAUUCGAGUACUAAGUAUAGCUACAGGCCGGACUAUUUUGUGUCAGAGAAGUAGAUAGUUUAAACAUCAUAGAUGAAGGUCUAUAGAAUUGGGUUACAAUAAGUUACCUGAAAGUCAUUAACCCUCAGUAAAGGGCAGACAAUGAGUAGCACCACUUUGUGCGGACAAACAAUUAGAAGUCAAAGGGCCAACCCCAUUGUUAAUUUGUUCUAAAAUCCUUUGUUCGAAACACUUACGAUUGUUUUAGAACCAGUCUAAUUCUGUUAUUGUUUAACAAUCCAUGACACCUGAAUCUAAUGGUUCUUUAUGGUUUCUUGUCCCCUUUCUUACAUUAUAAAACGAACGUGACUCUCAUACAUCACACUGUCAAUACAUGUCGAACAAAAACAAUAAAUAACGAAGAACACGAAUUUUGGAAAACUAGUUGAUGAUCAUAUUGUUUAAACAAAAUUAGAAAUAAAUAGUAAAUAAUAAAGAAAGUGUGAGGUUGGGGUUACUCAUUCAAGAUGCGUCAUUGCAAUUUAAGUGUAUCUCGCAAAAUUCCACUUUAUUAUUCAUGAAGUCGAUUUAAGAACCCUACCCUAUUAUAAAGUUGGCGUGACAAACCUUGGCCAAUGUAAAACAAUCAACUGAACAAACACUAAUGUUUAAAAGACCGUCAUAUCAACAUCAUUAAUCAUCAAUGUUUGCUGGAUACCACAUUCAACCUUCUCUUAAGCAACGGUGAUACAUGUUGGCUAUUCAAGAUAUGUUCUCACGCUUGUGUCAAUUUACAUUUUACCUCUGGAUAAGACAAUUUCAGAAGUUCUAGUUCUAAAGGAAACACCCAAUGGUACACCAAUUAACAUUGAGAAAUGGUUUGGCAACAUUGUUUCGUUACCCCACUAAGGCUAUGCUGCCCAUUUAACUCAAGCCCAAAUUAUCAUGCAAAUACUCUCUGACUCAGUAGGUUAUACACCAAGUCAGACUUGACCCGGACUUGACCCGAUCUGGGUCCCGUUGGGCCUGAUACCAUAUGGUCAGUAUGACCAGGAAUCUGUUUCAAAGUUACCCACAAAUGUAUUGGUCAAACUGAUGCAGAAUACAGGUCAACAUUUUGUUUUGGUGAAAAAUUUCCGGGUCAACCAGACCCAAGCACGGGUCAAGUCCCCUCUGACCCGGAAUCCAAGUCAAUUCUGACAGGAGUUUUUUUUUAGUGUUUGUCAGGCAGCAGACCUAAAAUCAUUUAUUGUAAUAAUGCCAUGAAAGACACCAUACAAUUUGUCAGUUUGAUUAGCGAAUUUGUGGUCAACAAUUACAAUUUGGUUGUGUUUUAACGGUAGGAUAUAAAACGAAGAUGUAACUCGUCAUCAUUUAGACUGGAACAGUUAAACGUAUUCCAAGUAAUUGCUACCAGUACUUAGUACUUAAUAUUUAAAAUUCAUGUUAUAAUUGUUUCGGUAAUACUUUGGAACUUGGAAGAAUUAAAAUAAUUUAAAAAGUACAACUCA